AAAUCGGCUAUCACUCCUAUAUUAGAUUCUUUUGCAACACUUUACGCCAGUGACUCCCUAACUCCUGAUUCCGCCGUAUUCUCGCCGUUAGACAUCUCCAUCUGCAAUUCCGCCACCGUCUCCAUAAACCCCAACUCUGAUAUAUCAUCUCACACUAUUUGUUAAUCGCCAUGUCUGUUGAUUCGCUAAACGACGUCGCUUCGUGCUCCCCGGAGAUGGAAAAGUUCCUCUGUGAAUUGCUGUUGGACUCCACUCAACCCAUCUCUGAACGCUUCAGAGCCCUCUUCUCUCUUCGGAACCUCAAAGGCCCCGCUCCUCGCACCGCCCUUAUUCUCGCAACUAGAGAUUCAUCCAAUUUGUUAGCACAUGAAGCUGCGUUUGCAUUAGGUCAAAUGCAAGAACGGGAAGCCAUUCCUGCAUUGACCUCGGUUCUUAAUGAUCUUUCUUUGCAUCCCAUUGUUCGCCAUGAGGCAGCGGAAGCACUUGGCGCUAUUGGAUCAGAUAGUAAUGUUUCUCUUUUGAAGCGAAGUUUGGAAUCUGAUCCGGCUCAAGAGGUUCGAGAGACGUGUGAAUUGGCUCUUCAACGUAUUCUGAAUUUAAAAGAUGCUGCUGCUGCGGAUGAUUCGACUGCACCGGGUAUUUCUCCAUUUAUGUCUGUUGAUCCUGCAGCACCAGCCACGUCUUGUUCUUCGGUGGACCAAUUAAGGGAGUUACUUCUUGAUGAGGAAAAAGGGAUGUAUGAGCGAUAUGCAGCUCUUUUUGCACUUCGAAAUGACGGUGGAAACAAAGCCGUUGCUGCUAUUAUUGAUUCCUUGGGUUCCAAGAGUGCUUUACUAAAACAUGAGGUUGCAUACGUUUUGGGCCAAUUGCAAGACAAAGCUGCUUCAGCUGCUCUAUCCAAUAUACUUCGAGAUGUGAAUGAGCAUCCAAUGGUUAGGCAUGAGGCUGCUGAAGCUCUUGGUUCAAUUGCAGAUGACCAAAGUGUAGCUCUUCUUGAGGAGUUUACGGCAGACCCGGAAGCUCUUGUCUCACAAAGUUGUCAAGUUGCUCUAAGCAUGCUAGAAGCUGAAAGAUCAGGGAAAUCUUUUGAGUUCUUGUUCAUGCGCAAUCCAACUGUGGUGUAAAUAUUUUCUUAUGUUUACACAUUUCAAUAAUGUUAAGAAAUGAAGAAUCUGCAUGAGAAUGAAGGGAGAAGGACAAGAUGACAAAGACAGAGAAAGACUCUGGAUUUCUACUUUUCUUAACUCAAAUUGAUGAUGUUAGGAAAAACUAGCCCUAUAAAAUAAGGGUUGAACUAUGAUUUUUGUUAAUCUAUGAAGUCAAUAGAAAUCAAGAAUAACUUGUGUGUAUUUAGUUCUGAAGAUACAAUUGCUUUCAAAAGCACAUAAAUUAUUUGAACAAUUAUUAUUUGUUGUUUGGGAUGAAUGACAUUGCCAUUUGAUUUUCA